AUGUUAUGUAUAGUAUUCCGAAAUCCGUUCCGAGCUAUCGCAGAUACAUACAGAGAAACGUUUGAUAAUCCGGGAGAUACACUGAGGUUAUUUAUACCGGCAGUGAUUUUUAGCUUCGAAAAUCAUUUAAGAGUUACUGCUAAUCGUUUUCUAAUGGCAGCUGAAGCUAAGUUAUUAAAAGAGCUGAAUUUAAUAACGACAAGUUUCUCAUGGGUAAUAAUAAAUAAUCGAGACUUAUCACCAUUACAGUGUUGUGCAGUUGCUUUGAUGUUUUCAGGAUGUAAUUUAAUUCAAAUGGAUCAAAGAGACUAUACGUUUAAAGUUGAGAGUCCACAAAUCAGAGAAAAUACUUUGAAAGAUGCAUUGAGUAGCGACGAUCAACUGCCAUAUGGAUCAAAUGCACCAUUAGGUCUUUUCAUGCUUAUAUGUAUCGCAAUUUUGUCAGAAACAAUGGAAUACUCUGCAUUAUACCUUCGUAGCAUUUCUUAUCAAGAGUCAACUAGAGAAAUGUUUAGAUCAGAUGCUUACUGCUUUGCUUUACCGUACUAUGAAUAUGUGAUAAAACGUAAACCAAAAGUUUCAAUAUGGAUGCGAAAUUUUCAAGUGUCAUUCUUCUCAUCAUCGUUUGGGCUUAUUUCAGUUUUAAGUGAUACAGCUGCUCGAGAAGCUUUCGUUGCAAACUACUUGACAGCUGACCUCUCAUUGUAUAGUGCCGCAAUUAUAGGCGGACGAAGUUUACAUUCACUAUUUACCGGAGUUUCUCUGAAGUUUGCAGAUGCUGUUAUGGUUUGCUUCUGUCAUGCUACAGCAAUAAUACUGAGCGGUCUUGGUGCAAUAAAACUUUUCAAAUAUAUACCUGGUAUAAGAUUCUACUGUGGAGCUCUUGUAUCUGCAAUGGCAGCCUUUGCUUUUGUACUUUUUCCACCAGUAAAUGAGGUUAAAAUCCUUAAAAAACUCCGUAAAAGAUCAAAAUCGUUUGUGCAGAAUUCUGAAUGA